AAAAUAAAAUUGGAGAAGAAAAUUGGAGAAGAGAAACGGCUUUAUUUGCGUUAUAUUGUCAAUGUAAGGAGUUCUUUCUGUUUCAGCGAUGGAAUUUUUGCAGGACGACGACGGGAGCCGUGUUUCUUGAUCACAGAGACGAUUUAACGAAUUCGCUUUCGCAUCUCAUUCUCUUCUUCGCGCGUAAUCUCCAUUGCCGCCAAGAUUCUCUUUCUCUCUCUGAUUACCGGAGUAAUAGACAAAGAGAUGAACUAUUAGAACGGUUGGGCGCAAUCUCUUGGAGGAGGUAUCGUGGUAUUUGAGGCUGAGAACAAACAAUGUCAACGAGGAGCGAGCACCACACGGUCCCACUUUCUGUGUUGCUCAAGAGAGAAUUAGCCAAUGAGAAGAUUGAGAUGCCUGAGAUUGUCCAUGGCCAGGCCAAUCAAAGCAAGAAAGGGGAGGAUUUCACUUUGGUUAAGACAGAAUGUCAGAGGGUGUUAAGAGAUGGAGUCAGCACAUAUUCAGUUUUCGGGCUUUUUGAUGGGCACAAUGGGUCUGCAGCUGCUAUCUAUUCGAAGGAGAAUCUCCUAAAUAAUGUUAUAGCUGCUAUUCCUCCUGAUCUUAACAGAGAUGAAUGGGUGGCAGCCCUGCCUAGGGCUUUGGUUGCAGGCUUCGUAAAAACGGAUAAAGAUUUCGUGGAGAAAGUUCGAACAUCAGGAACAACUGUCACCUUUAUGAUAAUAGAAGGAUGGAUUAUAACUGUUGCAUCUGUUGGUGAUUCCCGUUGCAUACUAGAAUCUGCUGAAGGCGAUAUUUAUUACCUGUCAGCUGAUCAUAGACUUGAAUGUGAUGAAGAGGAGAGGAAUCGUAUUACUGCAAGUGGGGGUGAGGUUGGUCGGCUUAAUACAGGAGGUGGUGCGGAGAUUGGUCCAUUGAGAUGUUGGCCUGGUGGUUUGUGCCUUUCACGAUCCAUUGGGGAUAGGGAUGUUGGCGAGUUCAUUGUUUCUGUUCCUUAUGUGAAGCAAGUGAAGUUGUCUUCAGCUGGUGGUAGACUCAUUAUUUCAAGUGAUGGUGUCUGGGAUGCAAUAUCAGCAGAAGUGGCUCUUGAUUGUUGUCGUGGGAUGCCACCAGAAGCUGCUGCUGCACAAAUUGUUAAAGAAGCUGUACAAGCUAAAGGACUUAGAGAUGAUACCACAUGCAUUGUCAUUGACGUACAACCACAAGAAAAGGCACCUGUGCCUUUUCCGCCAACAAAGAAGCAAGGGAAAGGAGUAUUCAAGUCCAUGUUUCGCAGAAAGUCCUCCGAAUCAUCUUCUCAAGUAGAUAAAGAUUACAUUGAGCCAGACAUAGUAGAGGAAUUAUUUGAGGAAGGAUCUGCAUUGCUUUCAGAAAGGUUAGAUGCAAAAUACCCAAUAUGCAACAUGUUUAAGUUGUUAAUGUGUGCAGUCUGCCAAGCAGAGCUUAAAUUUGGAGAGGGCAUUUCAAUACAUUCUGGGUCAUCUGACUCAACAAAGCUCCGUCCAUGGGAUGGCCCUUUCCUAUGUUGUAGUUGCCACGAGAAGAAAGAAGCAAUGGAAGGAAGAAGACCGUCAGGAGAUAGACAUAGUAGUGAAAGUGACUAGCUAGCGCUCACGACGGUAUUUGCAUUUUGCAAACACUAACAAUUAUCCCAAAGUUGAUCGCUAUCAGAAGACGAAGCUUUCUCAAGUAUUAAUUAAUUCCCUUAGUUUCUUAAGUGGGGUAACUGUGAUUUCAAUCCAUUGUGGCAUGAACUUCAGCAUUCAUUUUGAUCUUCGUUUGCUAAGAUGUCAGAAAUCAGGAGCUCUUGCAGUUACCCCCAUUCUUGACUGAAGUAGUAUGGCAAUUAAGCUUGUCUCUUGUAGAAGGGCUUGUUGAAGGCUUUGGUAUAGUCGCCCCGAAUAAUGACAGAUUGGGAAUUACUAAGUUUAUGUUUCAUAUCAUUCCCAUUACAUACCAGUCCACUUUAUAGAGCUAACUUUGAAGAUUAAUGUUGUCAAUAGGAGAAUGUUGCUUGACCAGUCCGCUGAAUGAUCAUUUUCCUGUAGACCAAAAAGUAUCUUGUUUCCUUAACCUCGGUAUCCCUUGCUCAAUUUGUUUGAUUGUAUCAAAGGAAUUGUAUCUCUCUUUCAUUUAUUAAAAGAUUCCAGAAUUCAGUUUCUCAA